UGAUACUGGUUGCUUGACAACGCGCCCGCCAAUGACGGUGGUGUUUGUUUUGAAGCCAAGAAGAGGAGGUCUUUAAAAUAAACCUACCUUGCCAAUGUGGGCAUUCACUGUUAAGAACUACUUAGUUAGCUAACUAUAGCUAGAUAGAGACGGAUUUCACUUAUUUUAUUUAUUUAACUAUUGUAGCCUUCUUGAAUAGGCAGGCUAAUCAAUAUAAUCCCUCACUCCAAGUCGGACCCAAAAUCAAGAUUCUGUUCCAGUGAGGGAAGCCUCCGGUUGCUCUCACAGAUGAUCUCCCUUUUGUCUUGACGCUGUGUUGGCAUGGAAGACUGGUGGACUACAGCAACUAUAGAGCCAUCAAUAGAAAACCAUGAGCUCUCCGACAUACCAAGAAUGACGAUGUCCCCCUCGAGGCAUCAUAACAACCUUCCUACAAUGCACUCCUCCACCAUGCCGCUGUCCAAGAGUUCCUACAAUGUGUUAAGUGCCUUCUGCACUGAGGACAAUGUUCCCCGGUGUAUCUCUUACAUCAAUCAGGAGAUGGACUCUCUGGGGUUCUCCUCAGCCUGUAUUGAGGCCAGCUCACCAGAGGUAAGCGGGGGGCUGAACGCUGUGCCAGCCCUGAACGGCAUGUAUGAGCUGCUCCAGAUGCAGCGCCGCAGCCAACGCAGCCUGCAGGAGCAGGAGGCGGAGAGUCUGAAGCGCUCCAGCGCCCUGGAACACCUGCAGAUCACCAACUCCAGACUCAAGGAUCAGCUGGAGCUCUCUAAAAGAGAGACGUCGGGACUGCACGAGGCAGAGAGGCAGCUGCAACUCAAAAUCAAGACUCUGCAGAACUGCCUUAAAACCGAAAAAGAUGAGGUGCAGAAGCUCCAGAGCAUCAUCGCCAGCAGAGCCUCUCAGUACAGCCAUGAUGCCAAGAGGAAGGAGAGGGAGAGCACCAAACUCAAAGAACGCCUCAACCAGCUACUGGUGGAAAAGAGGGAUAAGAAACUCGCGAUUGACGUAUUGAACUACUUGGGACGGGCUGAUGGGAAGAGAAGCCAAUGGAAGACUGGGAAGGUGGAGGCCAGACAUGAGGGGGAGAUGUACAAGUCCCUGCUGAGUGACUAUGAGAUUCGUCAUAGACACCUGAUGCUGGAGAACGUUGAGCUGAAGAAGGUGCUGCAGCAGAUGAAGAGGGAGAUGGUGUCUAUUCUGAGUCCUAGUCCUAGGAAACCAUGCUCCAGCUUCAGAGACCAUGUGGAAGACAGCCUAGAACUGAGUACCAGAAGUCCCCUACGUGACAGUACAGCUGGCUCAGACAGGGAUAAGGAGGUUGGCGACGGCAGUAGAGAGACCCUGGACCAGUCAUGUGACCACGCCAGGGAACAAUCCUGUGAGCAUGCCCGGGAGCAGCUGACCAAUAGCAUCCGGCAGCAAUGGAGGAGACUGAAGAGCCACAUGGAGAGACUGGACAGCCAGGAAUGUGUUGUGUCAUCAGCCUCCCUGGUGCAGCAGAGCCAGCAGCGAGCUGGUAAAGAGCUGGUCCCCAGACAGAUCCAUGAGGAGGAGAUGGAGAGGAUGAGACUGGAGGUCCAGCAGUGUAAAGAUUUCAUCCAGACCCAGCAGCAGCUCCUACAGCAGCAGUUAAACUCUCCCUGCUAUGAUGACGAGACUGCUGCUCUUCUGAAUGACUGCUACACUCUGGAGGAGAAGGAGCGUCUCAAAGAGGAGUGGAGGCUCUUUGACGAGCAAAGGAGGAACUUUGAGAGGGAGAGAGAGAACUUCACUGAAGCUGCCAUUCGUCUCGGACAUGAGAAAAGGGCUUUCGAGGAAGACCGUGCCUCGUGGCUCAAGAAUCAGUUCUUGAACAUGACUCAAUUUGUGGACCGAAAAAGACAUUCUGCAUCAGAAACUCAACAUGCCUUAUCAACUAGUAGUGAGCCCGAGAUGAGGAUCCCCUCCACUCCAGCCAGGCUGACCAAAUCCCGGACUUACACUGUGUUCUCCACUCCUAAAGCUGUCGCUGGCAUGGCCUCCACAGCUGAUCUCUACCACACACUACGCCUCAUACCAGACAGCAGCAGCUCUUCCAGAGGCAGUUCAAAGCGAGGGAGCUGGCAGGAGUCCAACACCAUCCAUAGUAGAGAAGAUUCUCAGGUCAGGUCCAGGGACAGAUACGGAGGUGGAGACUGCUGCAGUAUCUUCUCGCUAGGGUCAGAGGAAAACAGCCUCACCUGAAGACGCACUCCAGUGAAAUGUAUAUUACUGUGGACUCAACAGACCACUCAGAUGGCAGUCCAUGGCUGUGUUCAUUAGACACCAAACAGAAGAAAAUGUAACGGAAAGGCUACCUGGAUUUGUCCAAUAUGUCACACUAAUUUUUGUUUUCCGUUGUGUGCCCUAAUGAACAUGACCCAUGUUUCAACACCACCACUGUCUCAAGAUGAACAGUGGUACAUUGUUGUUCACCAAAACUCGAUUGAAUCAGAGAGCACUUUAAUGAACAUUUUUUCUUUUUUAGAUUUAGAUUUUUACUGAGUAAAGCAUCUCCAAGUCUAAGUGUUCGUGAAGUGGCAGCCAAACCUUAAUUUGGGUAAAUCAGGGUUCUGCUUACACCAAUUCGGUGCCUUUUUAGAUAAGUAACUCGGUCAACAAAUUUGUCACAAUAUUAACAUUCUAUCAUAAAUGGCACAUGUUCAACUUUUUUUUAAACACGUUUUCCCAUCAAGAGGUGUUAAAUCUACAAAUGAUUAUAGUAAGUGCUUAUUAAGUGCCAAAUAUAGUAACAGGGUUGACGAUGUCAUCCUAUAUCAGCCAUAAAUGUCCUUGUGACAGGGGAAAUGGAAGUUCGUGGUGUGCAACAGGGAGUGGCAAUUGAAUGCAAGCUUCACCAUUUUUUUUAUUCUUAAAACAUUUUAUAGCCUGUAUCUAUGGGUAACAGGGUUGACUUGUUAUGCUCAACCUGCUCAGUUUCACUACAAAACACCAGAAAAUGGCCAAAAAGAAUAGAACCAGCUCACCUGCUUUUACAGUAUGAUUUUACUAUUAGAUGUUCAAUGUUUCUUUUAGAAUAAAAAAGGAUUAGUUUCACUAUUAAAACAAGAGGUCAGUUCAUGUAACAGGGUUGACCUUAAUAUAAGGGAUAGACAAAUGAAUCACUAAUCCAUGAAAUAAAUCAUCUUCAGAAAUGGCUGUCAAAGCAACAAUAACUAGGGCUUUACAAUGAUGGUGAAAACUUAGAGAAAUGUUGGGUAAAAUCUUCCUAGAAGUCACUGAGGGUGCAUGGAGGGACAUGUCAAAAUGCUGAAUUUUGGCACUUUGGCAAGUCUUUACUCAUUAAAAAUAGGAAUUAUUUUAUUCUCCAUGAAAGGGAACUUCAUUUAAUAUAACAGACUUCUAAAAUACAAUAUUGGUGCACAAUUUCUACUUAAACGGAAAAUCCACUCAAACUAUCUUUUUUUUUUUUUGUCAUUAGUCGCCUGUUUAUAAUGUCCCAAAAUGUUUUGCAUGUCAGCAGUCAAGUUUUCAAGAUAUUGGACUUUCAAGAGAUGCAAAAGGCACACUUUUUGUUGAACGAACCCGAUAUUUUCUAAUUUGCGAAAAGCUAUCAAUCGGCUACUGCCUAAUCCUGAAUGUUUACACAUUGUUUUCAUUCCAGAUCAUUCAUAUUAUUUUAAUGAACUUUAUUCUAAAUGUUUAAUGUUAAGUGAUAUGCUGCUCUGAAACUGCAAUAAAUGUAUUUAUUUUUAACUGA